AUGUCGUCCCCAUGCCGUCAACGCGUAUUGCCACAGAAUGGUCAGAACAUCGAGGGUGGCUGCAGGCAGUUGCCCAGGCCAGCCAACGGCCGAGUCGACUACACUAGUGAGCUGUUCCUGGGAGCCAGGGCAAGCCGGGCGACCAUUCACUGUGACCCCGGCACGGCGCUGGAAGGCAGGGGAGAAACGAUCUGCGUCCAGGGAUCUUGGAUACUCGAUCUGAACGGCCAAUGCAGACCUGGCAGUGUUCGCAACAACGUGCCCGUGACUGGGGCACCGUCCAUUCAGCGGCUACCCCUGGACGAGUGGGUGACGGUCACGGCAGAGGGAUGCCUGUUGUUUGCCUGCACGGUAAUGGGAUCACCUCCACCCCCGGUGGCUUGGUCGGUCAACGGCGGCAGGAUCGACCUCCGGUCCAGCUCGGACCUCCGGCAGAUGGAUGAUGGUUCCCUAAAGGCGUGUAACGUACAACCAUCGAGUCACGUGGGCACAUACAGAUGUGAUACUCGGAAUCAGCAAGGCAGCGCAUACAGGGAAAUAAGACUGACCUCAAAUCAUCCAGUGUGGGCAGAGCUGACGUCAACAAACCGACAACGGCUUCCAGAGCAAAACAACCGUGACAGGGUGGAAAACCGGAACGUACCACCGCCAGUAGAGACCAACCAAGCGGACCGGUCUCGCGAUCAGAACGUCCCACGCGGCAGCGGUCCGGGCGUGCAGCCGACCAUUCGGGUGCGCCCGCUCGGCCAGUGGAUCGGGCGCACGCGCGACUGCUGCGUGCGCAUCAUCUGCGAGGUGAGCGGCGAACCCACGCCCGUCGUGACCUGGAAGCGCAAUGGACGCACCCUCAACACGGGAUCCUCGACGGGCACAUACUCAGUGGAGAGUUCCGGCUCGCUGAAGAUCUGCACCAGCAAUCACCGAGGGCACUCGGGCACAUACCGAUGUGAGGCCGCCAACCAACAUGGCAGCGCGUAUCGUGAAGUCAGUCUUCAUGCCUCGCAUUCCGUUUGGUCAGAGAUAGCGAAGUGCCGGCAGGGUAGCAAUACAGGAACAGAGCCGGAACAGCCACCAGUACGCGUACCCGUCUUCCCCACCCGGGAACCUCCGCAGAACCCUGGUCCCAUCGAGGACGACACGCCACCAACGCGACUGCCCCAGCUGCCCGGCCCGCAGCCUCCACGACAACCCGUUGUCGUCGACAACUUUGAAAAGCGGCCGAUAAUCGCCCACAAGGACGUGAGCGAGUGGGUGGAGGCAGUGUCCAGUGGAUGCCUAGUGUUCAGCUGUAGUGCGCUCGGUUCACCCAUGCCCAGUGUCAGCUGGCGUAUAAACAACGUUCCCGUGCCUGCGUUGGGCGACUACCGCAAGAUGCCGGACGGCUCGCUGGAGGUGUGCAACGCCAACCCACGCUCGCACAGCGGAACAUACAACUGCACAGCGUCCAACAUGUACGGCAGAGCCGAGAGGAUCAUCCUGGCCACUGCGAAACAUCCAGUUUGGGCCUCGCUAGCCGGACUGAGCCAAGAUCGUAUAAUAGGCGCGACUCCAGUAGACGGCUCUGCUCCGGACAUCGGCUAUUCCCCACUGGAAGAAUGGGUGACCGCUGGUGCAGCCCGGUGCAUGGACCUGCAGUGUCGAGUAACCGGUGAUCCUCCUCCAGCCAUCACCUGGACGUUUCAAGACAACCCGCUGGAACUGACCGGUUCACGGUUUGAGUUGCUCAAUGAUGGCUCGCUUCGCGCCUGUGAGGUUCAGAGUCGGAAGUAUGCUGGUCGUUAUCGCUGUGAUGCUACAAACAUUUACGGCAGUGCUUGGAGAGAAGUCGCGGUGUCUCAGAUACAUCCAGUAUGGGAAGCUGUUGAGGAUGGUUAUCAACGACCUGAAGCACCUCCACUGGACCCCAACGCAGGCCAGCCACAAGUGCCUGAGGACACUGUUACAGCACCGGCUCCGGACCGUGGCACACCCGAGGAGCCCGCACCUGGUCCGGGACGUGGAGGCGAUGGACCCGAGUCGAGGCCCAGCAUCAAGCCAAUCCCGGACGUGCGGAAAUGGGUAACAAUGCUGCCCAAUGGUUGCAUGAAGGUAUGGUGUGAGGUCAGCGGCAAUCCGGAAGCGUCGAUUCUCUGGCGUAAGGAUCAGGUGCGCAUCGCGUUCAACACGCGUCUGUUCGCAGAUUAUCACCAGCUGCGCGACGGCUCUCUGCGUGUGUGCAACCUGCGCCCGUCCCGCCACAGCGGAACCUACCGAUGCGACGCCAGCAACACUCUCGGCAGUGCCUAUCGGCAAGUGACCAUCUCCGAAGACCAUCCCGUGUUUGAAAGGAAAGGCGGAGACACGGAUACGGAAGAGCCGACUACCGCCAUCGUGGAAACCCCAGCGGAAGAAGUGACCGGACAAGACGUGACCAAUGCUGCUCCAGGCCCCACGACCACCGUUGGCAACGUAGCAGGACAAUCACCGCGGCUGCUGAAGCAUCAUACAGGCGGCGAUUACCUGGUCAGGCUGCCCAACGGAUGCGUGAAGCUGGUCUGCGAGGCUGAUGGCAACCCGCAGCCGACCAUCACGUGGAAGCGCGACGGCAUGCUCAUCGACCUGCUGUUCGACGUCGACUUCACGCCCUACAUCGACGGCCUGCGAAUCUGUAAUUUCGCCCCGGAGAAUCACGCCGGUGAGUACGAGUGCAUUGCCGAGAACGAGUUUGGUCUGGCCGAGCGGCGCAUUAACGUCGAGUUUGCGGCGUUCACCGCGGUUCCGCCUCGAAACACGGCCCCGACAACAGUGCCAGCCACCACUAGCCAGCAGCACAUAACCAGUGUUCUUGAUGAGCAGGCUACCUCCACGACAACACCACCGGAACAGGCGACAACGCAACCCCUGCCACAGCCACUGACGGACACCAGAACAAAAACGGAUCAAGUAGAGACGACCGAGCAAGGAGUUGCUCCCACAUUCGACCCCCAAGGAGUUGCUCCCACAUUCGACUCCAUCAUCGACGAUCAGCUGAUUCGCGUCAGUGAAGACGGCUGUCUGUACCUGGAGUGCGAUUCAACCGGAGAUCCAGCGCCGAUCAUGUCUUGGCGCUUGGACAAUGGUUUCAUUGGAGUCGACGACAUCAACAUGUUCCGCAUCCUAGACAAGGGAUCGUUGAAGGUUUGCAAUAUCACAAGACAAAAUAUUGAUCUGAAGCUGGGUCUGUAUGUCUGUGAUGCAGCCAAUCACAUAGGCUCCAUCACAAGAACAUUCCGAGUUACGUCGGAGCAUCCAGUCCUCGUUGAAAUACUUCGCCGGCAGGAGCUAACAUCAGUAACACCGCCCACUGCAGUGACGCCAGGAACGGACAAUGAUAUUGUUUAUCCGGAAACCACACAGCCGGGACCGAUGCUGGUCGAGAGUCCAGAACCGCCCAAUGUCGUCGAGGACAUCCUGCGGCUGCGCAGCGAGAACAGUCGUCUUCAGUCGGACCUGGCCACGCAGCGACGUAUGAUGCAAGAGGCGGCGGCGCAGUACCGGGUGCUGCAGCGCCGGAUGAGCAUCAUGGAGUCGGCACACCAAGCAGUGAAUGAGCAGCUCAAUGCAGCCAACAGGAAGCUCACGAGGGCAAGAGAAGACCUCGGAGUGUGCCGAUCUCGUGAAGCCACAAUUCGUGAGCUCCUCACCACCAACAGUGCCUGAGUUGAAACCACGUGCGGCGCAUAAAAGUGUAAGACGGCAAUUACGCAGCAUGUCGUGCGUACUUCUUGUGGCCUCGACCAACGACGCCACAGCGUUAAAGGAAGCGUCGUCGCCAUAACCAAGGCAAUGCCGCAGUACCAACGAUUGCAAAUUUAUGUGUGUGAAUGUGACGGAAAAUGUGCGUAUGUGUGUGACGGCAAACGUGCGUAUGUGUGUGCUCGUGUAACGGUGUCUGCUUCUCCUGAACUGUGUGAUUAUGUGAGGAGAAAAACAGAUGGAUAUGUAAAAAAAACGGCUUUUAUCUUCGCUAGUGUUUUCUCUUUUUCCUUUUUUAUGUAAUGGUAUCACUAAUUCCUUGUACCGAAACUCCACACACAGCACAACCUAUUGCUGUCACCGGCACUGUAUUAUCAAUAGCUACACCACUCACACAAAAGUAUUUUUUAUGCUUACAGAGAUGAUCAAAGAAGGGUGAAAGUACAGCAGGUCCUCUUUUUU